AUGACAUUUCGCACCCGCGAGGAUUAUUUGGCCGCCAGCGAGGAGUUCGCUCCUUUCCAUCAAACCGGCUCGGUCCUUUUCGCCCAGCCUUCGGAAGUGACCCAUUGGUGCCAGUCUGUUCCCAACCCGGAAGGAUAUCCUCUCACUCCACCGGACACCGUGUCCGACUGCUCCGCAUCGGACUAUUCGGAUAUGGCACCCACAUCUUGGAACAUGACCUCCAUGUCAGGAGCAGACGGUUGGACCACAGAACCCGUCCAGGAUAACAGCACCAGAAUGCAGCCGUCUGCAAGUAGUCAGUACACCCAAGGUACACCCGUUACCUCCCAGGAUCUCCAUGCCAUGGAUGCCGCGUCUUGGACGCAUUCUGCCAAUGGACCUGUAGACCAGGGUUUGUCGCCUGUUCUGAGCCAUGAGAGCCAGAGCUCGCGCACCCUGAACUCCUUCUCCGAGCCAGAUGUUAACUACCUGCCACCCGGCUUGGACCUCUCUUUUAUUGGUGAGAAUAGCUGGCAAACUCCUGCAGCGUACUCAGGAUCCAGUUGUGUGCCACAGGACUACCCUUCCAGCAUAAGUGCCCCUCCGCAGCACAUGCCGUACGCUGCUACCACAGGUCCACUCGGAUAUGAUGCCCCUUCGCACAUUGCUUGUGUCCCGCAGCAAUCUGCGAUAUACUUCCAAGAUGUCCAUGGCUCCAACCCUGGCAUGUCCGAGUGCGACCAGUCCAUGAUCCAUGGAAGGCCAUUGCUUCCUCGCACGGAUGACCACCCAUUCCAAGGUGUUCCACCCACUGCCGGCUACGUUGCGUUCCAGCCCGAGCACGCAGAUUUUCAGGGCAGGGUAAGUAGCUCUCCGAUAUUGCCAAGGCAGGCUUUCACGUCAUCCCGACCUCUGUCUACCCGAUCCGGAAUGUAUAUGGAACCAAUCCCACAGGCCGGUAAAGGAUCUCCCAUUGGUCAAUUGCCCACUCCAUGCUCGGAUAGUACUCCAUUUGGAAUCCCGCCGUCACUUGGAUCGGUCAAUGAGGACUUCAGCAGCUUUAUCCAAUAUGACCAGGAAGAAAAGGCGCCCGCCAUGUCCCACAGCCACUCUGGUUAUGGUCCAGCAGAGUGCAGGUCUGCGCUUGCCUCUCCUGAGCAGGAUGGCAUCUCUCGUAGUGUAGCCGCUUCCUCUCAUGGUCCCACCAUCCCAGAGACCGAUGAAGGCCGCUACAGGAACCACCCACUGUACAGCGAAGGACCACACGCUGAUGGACUCUACCACUGCCCAUUCAAGAGUGAUCCGAGCUGCCAACACAAGGCUACAAAGCUCAAGUGCAACUACGAUAAAUUCAUUGACUCCCACCUGAAGCCAUUCCGCUGCAAGGUCGAGGCUUGCUCGAAGCAAGAGUUCUCCUCUACAGCCUGUCUCCUGCGCCACGAGAGAGAGGCUCACGGUAUGCACGGUCAUGGCGAGCGCCCCCACCUCUGUUUCUACCCAGGCUGUGAGCGCGGGAUGUCUGGCAACGGAUUCCCACGGAGAUACAACCUGUAUGACCACAUGAAGCGUGUCCAUGACCACAAGGAUGACCCUUCCACGGGCAGCCAGGAGAAGCCCACUGCCGGGUCGCAAACACAGCGCAAAUCAGGCAGCCGCAAGCGUACGGCAAGCUCAACCAACGAGGAGCCCGCUGCCCAACGUGUCAAAGUGCAGCCUGCGCGUGAACCUGUGCCAAUGGUCGCAGCCGCACCCUCACCACGUACAUUGGAAUGUAACGAUGCUCGCUCAGGAAUCCCACGCCAGCGGGACAACAACAACAACAACCGGCAGCGUGUUCUGUACUCUCAAUGGGCGCAGCAGCGCGAGUUGGUCAACUUCCAGAUGUCUUCCGUCCAAGGCCCAGAUGAUGAGGACAACCUCCAGCGUCUGAGCCAGAACAUUGAAGAGCUUCGACGUCUCUCCCAACAGGCCAGGCAAGGCUGA